UCGAUCAUAGAAUAAAAAAACAAAACCCUUGAAGUCACUAAGUUGAUUCAAAAUGGUUGCGAGAAGUGAGGAAGUUGAGAUAGUGGAAGAUACGGCGGCGAAAUGUUUGAUGUUGUUAUCAAGAGUUGGAGAAUGCGGCGGAGGAGGAGAGAAACGAGUUUUCCGAUGCAAGACUUGUCUUAAAGAGUUUUCGUCGUUUCAAGCUUUGGGAGGUCAUCGUGCAAGCCACAAGAAACUCAUUAACAGUAGCGAUCCAUCACUUCUUGGAUCCUUGUCUAACAAGAAAACUAAAACGGCGACGUCUCAUCCUUGUCCGAUAUGUGGCGUGGAGUUUCCGAUGGGGCAAGCUCUUGGUGGUCACAUGAGGAGACAUAGGAGUGAGAAAGCCUCACCAGGCACGUUGGUUACACGUUCUUUUUUACCGGAGACGACGACGGUGACGACUUUGAAAAAAUCGAGUAGUGGGAAGAGAGUGGCUUGUUUGGACUUAGAUUCGAUGGAGAGUUUAGUCAAUUGGAAGUUGGAGUUGGGAAGAACGAUUUCUUGAUUCGUUUUAUUUCUUCAUAUUCGUUAUAGGGUUUUAACAUAUUUUCAUACAGUUUCAUAUUGUAAUCUUUGUAGAUCCAUUUAUCUUACCGAUCGAUGUGAAUAUUAUUUUGAUAUACACUAUUGGAGUUUACAUUCAAUGUACACUAAUUUUCUUGUUUUCUUUAAAUUAGCCCUUGAAGUUUGAUCUAUGAAUGGUUUAAGUAGUGUUGAAACUUGAAACCAUUAUAUGUGUGGUCA